GAAGUCAGAUGAAAAUUAUCUUGAGUCGAGUUUGCGUUGGAGAUCACUUUCUUAAGUGUUGGCUGCGGAAUACUAGUUAGCCAUUUACGAACUUGACUUCACCUUGCCAAGAACUCUAAAAUAAGUUAAGAUUAUUGUUGGUAUUUUGGUAUUGAGAGUUAUUGGUAAUAACAUCGAUAAUAAUACUAGACACCUACCUACAGAAUCUAUAUCACUGAUUCAUCAUGCUAAUCAAGUUAUUAAUAACUUUACUUCUCUGUAAUAUUAUUGCUUAUUCAAGUGCCCUAGUAAGUGAAAAUGGUAAUCCGGAUCCCGAACCUGGAAUUAUUAGAAUGACACUAACUAGACAGAAGACUGCCUUUGAACAGCACUUGAAUAAUGCUCCGUUCCUUAAGAAGUAUGGUAUCAAUUCUGAUUGGCUCUAUAAGAAACACCACAAGCCCAGUCCUAGAACCAAUGACUCGAUUGCUAUGUUUCGAUAUUUAGAUAAUGAAUUCUAUGGUACAGUCGUGCUUGGUCGCACUGGAAAAUCCCUAAAUGUUGCUUUUGACACAGCAUGGACUAUGUCUUGGGUGUUAUCCUCACAGUGUAAUCAUUUCAAAAGCAUGGGCUGCAUGUUUCACAAUACCUAUGACCACGAUAAAUCGAAAGAUUAUAAGGCCGAUGGUCGGAAAAUAGUAGUACCCGAAGGAACUUAUAAUUUGAGCGGCUUUUUUUCCUAUGACAGUGUUGCUGUAGCCCAUUCUAAUAUCUCAAAUUUUUCCUUCGUCGAAAUGACAAAUGUACCAAACUCGUACUUAUUCAAUAAAAUCGAUGGAAUUAUUGGAUUCGGAUUACAACACGAUGCUUAUCAGCCCUUUUUCUACGCUUUAGUAGAUCAAAAGAAAAUAGCGCAACCAAUAUUCUGUAUUUAUUUAAACAGAGACAAACAGUCAAGCCAUGGUGGAAACAUAAUAAUGGGUUUCAUUGAAUACAGACAUGUUCACAGUACAAAAGACGCAGCCAAUAAUAUCGUAUAUGAUCCUAUCACUUUUAAGGACAUAAAGCCAGGAUAUUUAUGGGAGUUUGAUUUAGAUGCGGUUCAUUUUGACCGACAAAAGGGAGGUCCGUUGAUAUUCUGCAAGGGUACUGGUUGUACUGCAUUUACUGACACCAGUUCAAACAGCAUUCUAGGUCCCAAAGCCGACAUUGACGAGAUCCAUAAAGCGAUAAAUGCUCGGAGUUUCUUUUUUGAUAAAUAUACGGUUGACUGCGACACUAUAAACAAACUUCCUGAGAUUGCCUUUACUAUUGGAGGAAAGAAUUUUACUUUGGCAGGCAGGGACUACACCAUUAAGAUGACGUACUGGGGUAUCGGAGUUUGCCUAAGUGCUUUUGAGCCUUACGAGAGCAGCAACACUUGGGUUUUGGGAGGAGCAUUUUUGUCAGAAUAUUAUACGAUAUAUAAUAUUGAAGACAAACAAAUUGGCAUUGUUAAAGCUGCUUAGUUUCUAUCUAGAUAUAUUUGUUUGGUGUGUUUUUUUGCUUAACCAUAUCUGUCUAUUUUAAUGAUGUACCGAUUUGUUUAAAGAACAGUAAAUAUGAAUAAUCAGAAGUA